AUGAAGUUUUUGUUCUUCUCUUCGGCCUUGUCAGUCGCUUCCGGCGUCUUUGCCGCCCCAAACCUCGAGCCUGCCAGCCUUGUCGCACGUGCAAACUGCCCCACGAGACAAGACUGCUUCUGCCACGCGCGAUACGACGUGGGCGUUGUGCCCCCUGCCCAACGUGUGACCGUCGCGAACGAUGUCUCUGGCCAGGACUCUGGCCUGUCGACCACUGAGUGGAGAGGCAAUUCCGGUCCGAACACUUUGGAGACCUGCAUGGUAACUGUAGACCGCGUGUGUGGCGACUGCUCCGCCUGGAAGGUUCUUACACAGAAGUGUCAGUAUGGUUUAGGGGAAUUCUACUGUAUAAAUUCUUUGCAUGGGGCCACUUAA